GUGGCCCGACGCGAGUUAAUUUUUACAUAAGUAAAAAUGAGUCAAAAGAAUAUAUUUUGAGCUGCACCGAAAUGUGUACUCUUUAUUUAUACUCUUAAGACUAACUUAUUACAUGGUUCUUACUUCUAUUUAUACUAACUAAUAUGUUUACUUAUUACUAGUUGAUAGUUUGUUAAGAUACAGAUUAUAUUAUUUGUUUAGGUUUGUUUAUAUAUAUAUUGCUUGCUUAGAUACAAUUGCUUUGUUCUAAGAUAAGGUUGUGGUAUUCAAACUCAAUGUUGUUUUGAUACUUGUUUGUUUAGGAUUAUUUGUUGUAGUGACAGUGCACUUCAAUUGUUCUAACUCAAGGUUGUUUCUGCAUUCUGUUUACUGAAACAAAAGGUUGUUUUGAUGUUUGUUACUAUUAUAAGGAAUACAUUCCUUAACUCGCGUGUCUUAUAAAAAUUGUGACAAGUUUGAAAAAUGGAUAUAUUCAGUUUGGAUGAAAACAGUAACCCUCCUUGCACAUUAGAUGCAAUUGAAACGCUGCCCAUUUUUAAAUCAUGGGAGUUAAAUGAUGAUAUUUGCUCCAUUCUUAUGGACUACGGAGUGACAUCAACGAUAAUUUUAACAAAAAUGGAUUGGGAAGAUAUCGACUGUUUAUUUGAAAAGCUUCCAACAAAAUUUUUUGGCGAAUGCAUCAAGUUUAAAGCGGGAUUAAGAGAAUGGGGGAAGAACAUGAAUAUACCGCUUAUACGUGAUGCAAGCACCUUAUCUGCGAGUAGUCGAAUUUUGGAGUGGUUAGAGAAAAUUUCUGACGACUUAAAUGCAGCUAAAAGUUCAAGAGAUUCUUCACCAGUACUCCAGCCAACGUAUGAUAACUGCAUGGACAGUCGCAGCUUAACCGACCUUUUAAAAGGUACGGUUAAAGGGCAGCUUGUGCUUCACUUUCAGCAGAAAAAUGGUUUCUUGCCAAGCAGCAGAAUACAUUGUGUCACUGCGUAAUAGAGAAUUAUAUAGGAAGGCGACAUAUGGAGAAAUGCAAAAGUGGGCCAACAUCAUCUGCGAUGUAUUCCCCAAAGAGAAUCCGGAAACAUAUUUUCUAGCAAGAAAAUAUGGUAAGAAAAAUCCUACGGGAAAGCUAUUUUCACGCUGGACGAAUGCUGACAAAACCAAUUAUAAAAAGUUUUCAACCGAUCGUACAACUACCGCUUCGCCAGCAGCUUUAUCCAGCGGUAUAAACAAAUAGAUUGUUUACUCUCACAAGAUAUACUUAUUUCUGAAUAUUUAGAUAAGUAUUACGAAAAGAAAUGCUGGCUGCAGAAUAAUUGCACACCAUGGGAACAGGUUAUUGAUUACUGGAAGGAGACAUCUGGUCAAAGAAUUAUAGAUAUCUAUAACGCCAGUUCUUUAAGCUGCAUUUUUAGUGAAUGGCCGCGCUAUAAGGACUUUCGUGGAUAUGAACUUAAAUAGGCUUUGAGACUCUUUACCCCGGGAAAGGAAAUAUGUUAUUUUUGAAAUUGGAGAAGUUUUAUAAAGAAAUCCUCAAAAUUUUUGAUAGAGAUAUAAAAGACCGUGUUUCAAGGGAACUAUUCUUAAAGUAUUUGCACAUUGACAACAUCUCAAAUGAAUGUAAAUAUUGUAUAAGUACAAUUCUUCUACAUGCUUUGCUACAGCCUUUGAGGCUUAAUAAGGACAAAAAACCAACAAUAGCUGAUGCCCAAGCAGAUUUCGUAACACUCGUUGCAACACGUAAUGAUAUUCAACCCACAAUAAUUGAAUUGAAGAACCAGUUUGCGGUAAGAAAGGGGAAACUACAGCCGAGAAUUAUCGUCGUUGGAUCAGAUUGGUCAUCCAUUUCAGAGUUUUAUGUUUUUUGCGAUGGUCUGCAAUGGAAAUGUACUACGUAUAUGAAGUGCGUUGACUGCAUUAUUAAACUAUCGUACGUUUAUAAGAUAGAGUAUUCACAAAGAAGCAAGCAAGUAUGGGCAUUUUUAGAACAAUAUUUUUAUUGGGCUAUAAUGCCCAAUUUUGCUUGUUUCAUUUGUCAAAAAGCUCACUUAAAUUCUAUAGAGCUGAUUAAACAUCUAAAGUCAGCUCAUGGUACUCCACCAGUUUGUAAAUUUCAAUGUAACGAAUAUAAUUGCAAACAAAUUUUUUCUAACAUUCACAGAUUUCAAAUUCACCUCAAAAAACAUUUGAAAAUAGAAAUAGCCAAUCUUGUAAAGAAAAUUCUCUUGCUCUUAAUAUUCCAAUUCAAACAACUAAUUCAUCAAAUCAACUAGUACCAAUAUAAAAUAUUACUUCUUUAAAAGAUUCAAUGAUCGCGUUUCUACUUCAGCUGCAUUCCAAUACGAAUUUUUCUCGGAAAGACGUAUUCGAAAAUCAAAAUUCCGUAACAGAGUUAAUUUCAACCCCAAUAUGAAAUAUUAAGAGCCAUUAGUAAUUUUCAUGAAAAUAAUUCUAUACUUGAGGAAGUAAUUAAAAUUAUAUCUCAGCCAUUUUAUGAUUUAACCACCGAAUACAAAUUUUUCAAAGAAAUAGAAAAACUAGACCUGUAUAAACAUCCGCAAAAAUAUAUUGUUAGCGACGAACUCUCAGAAGUCAUAUUUAAUAACAAUCCAACUUUAACCUCAGCUAGAACCGAAAUAACCCUAUCAGACAUUCCUUUUCAAAUUAAAAAACUUUUUGAGAGUAAAGGGAUCUUAGAGGCAACGCUUUUAAAUAUGAAAAACUUUUCAGAAAACCUUCCUUAUACUCAUUUCAUCAAUAGCAGCUUUUGGCAAAAUUUAAAGAAAAAUAAUGUAACGAUUCCAUUUUUUUUGUAUAUGGAUGACUUCGAAAUUAAUGAUCCUUUGGGCAGUAAAUCUGGCCAACAAAAAAUUUGCGGUAUAUAUUAUAACUUUCCAAGCGUACCUCAGUACCAACUUAGCAAAUUAUCAAAUAUAUUUGUAGCAGGGUUUGUUAAAGUUCGAGAUCUACAAGAUUGUGGAUUUACUGUUUGCCUUACACCACUUCUGAAUAUUUUAAAAACAUUGGAAAUUAAUGGCCUUCAAAUAAAUGUAGAUGGCAAAAGCUGUAUAAUACAUUUUAAACUAGUACAAAUUUUAGGCGAUAAUCUUGGUCUUAACACUGCAUUAGGCUAUGUCAGUUCUUUUUCUGCGAAUUCUUGGUGCAGAAUAUGCAAAAGGCAAAAACUUCAAACUCGUACAGAUUGUCUUGAAGUCCCGAACUCAUUACGAACUAGAAGUAGUUAUAAUAGCGAUAUUUUACUGAACAAUCCUGUUGUUAGUGGCAUUAAAAAUGUUUCGAUAUUUAAUUCCUUGUCAAACUUUCAUGUAACCGAUAACAUUGCUUGUGACAUAAUGCACGAUUUAUUUUUGGGUGUUUGCAAAUAUAAUUUUUCCAAAAUUUUACAUUAUUUUGUGUAUGAAAAAAAGUUUUUUUGUUUAGAAACUUUGAAUUACAGGAAACAGAUGUUUCAGUAUGGGGAUACAGAAAUUGGCAAUAUAAGUCCACCCAUUCAAAAGCACCAUAUACAAAACGCUUCAUUCAAAAUGAACGCGAGACAGAUCAAAACAUUUUCUCACUUGAUACUGCUCAUGGUAGGUGAUCUAAUUGAUCGAGAUGAUUUAGUCAGCGUUUGAAAAACUACGCUACUCUCGUAGCAUUUCAUUUUACUCUUGCUACCGCUCUCACUUUGUCGGGAGCCACAGCAUAGCCUUAGCAUAACAAUGUAAAGUAUGCGCUCUACUCUGCUCCGAGUUUUGUUAGUUAAAAAACUAUAGCUGGAGCGGGAGCAAAAAAUUAAAUUUUGCGCUAUGCUCUGGCGUAGCGGUAGUAAAAAAUUGAAAGCGGUAGCACAGCAGAGCUAAUGAAAAUUUUCAUGUGCUACAGCUCCCGUAUGUGUUUGUUGUUUUUUUUUCUUUUUUGCUAUUUUCUGUCAUUUACAAGUAUGGUACAAGUUGGUAUACAAAAGAAAGUCGUUUAUAACUCAAGAACGGCUGCACCGAUUUGGCUUAAAAUUGGUGGGGAGGUAGCUUAGAAGCAGGGUAAGGACAUAGGAUACAUUUUAUCUCUUUAUGCUAAAAUUCAAUACAACUCAUAAAUACAAAAAUUAUAUUUCAAAUCAUAAGCAUUUGUUCAAAAUUUAUGUAGUAAGAAUCAUUUGAAAAUUUUAGUAAUUCAAAAAUAGAAAGAAAUAAGUAAAAAAUUUUGUUGGA